CUUGAUACAUACGUUGCGGCCUGUGUCCACGCUUUCGCCUAACGUCUUUACUUCUAGUUCUAGGUCACCACACGAUGGCCACUGCGGAGUUCACUGCCGAGGAGCUGGCUCUUGCCCAGCCGGAGAAGCCGGACGACGCGACGAUCGAGGCCUGGUACAUGGACGACAGCGACGAGGACCAGCGGCUGCCGCACAAGCUGAGCCCCAACCAGCCCUGCCCGCUGUCUGCCCUGCGCGAUCUGGGUGUGCUGUACUGGAAGCUGGAUGCUGACAAGCACGAGACAGACCCGCGCCUGGCGGCCAUCCGCAAGGUUUACAACUACAGCUACACGGAGAUCGUGAACAUCAGCAAGGACACGCUGCCGGACUACGAGGCCAAGAUCAAGUCCUUCUACCUGGAGCACAUCCACUCGGACGACGAAAUCCGGUACAUCCUGGACGGCUCGGGCUACUUCGACGUGCGGGACCACUCGGACCGCUGGAUCCGCAUCGCCACCCGCAAGGGCGACCUGCUAGUGCUGCCCGAGGGCAUCUACCACCGCUUCACACUGGACACGGACAACUACACCAAGGCCAUGCGUCUGUUCGUGGGCGCCCCCGUGUGGACGCCGCACAACCGUCCCCAGGAGGAGCACCCCAGCCGCGCCAAGUACCUGGACAAGUUCCCCGCGCCCAUCAAGGCCAGCGCCUAGACGCCUAAGAGCCUAAGAGCCCCCGGUGAUGGCAGCGGCGGCAGCGGUGGCGUGGGUUUAGGGUCCAGGUGACUGUCUGUUGUGGUGCGGUGAUGCGAUGUGGCUAUGGUGUGAGCUAAAUGGAAUGGUGGGCUGAAGGGUUUCGGCAGUGGCAAAGCCCGCGGCGUGAAUUGAGGCGUGGAAGGCGGUGGGGAGCGGUGUGACGGGGGGGACCAGCGGAUGUGGGUGGUGGAGCUUGGGGUGGGCAGUAAGCGCAGCUUGCGUGGGCGUCUCAUCGUGGCCGCAGAGGGGUGCAGCGGUGCUAUGUGCGGCUGACUAACCCAACUGCACAGCAAAUCGAAGUAAACUGGUGGACAGCUUAUUGCAAUGGAGAUGCACAAAACUAGCGAGCAAGGGAGCGUUCGCAAAUGUUCCGUGUGUUGACGUGCGCGUGGCGAUGACAUACGAAAGGCGGCGAUCUUGGCGGCGAUUACAGUGGACAAGCGAGUGGCAAAGCUGAGGGGUAUGCAUGUGUGUCACGGACUCAUGGUCAUGCUCACAAUAAAUCUUCACUUCAAGGCAACCACAUGAUUACCCGUGUCUCAGCUGGCACUGCACUGCACGGCGGCAGUUGGUGUGCGCGAUGUGCGAUAUGGCUUCAUCUCCCGCUUCAGUAACCCCGAGUUCCCGCAGGUAAGGUAUCGGCACAUGCAAUGCAACUACUGAUGUCAACAAACUGCCUCAGCCGUCGAACGCCGCGGUGCAAGUGGUGCUGUCGGGCGGGACGUCUACGCUGUCGCAAUCAGAGUCGCAUUUCAGGGGGUUGCGUCUGGGGCCAGCUGUGUCUCCGCCGGUGUCACCUGGUGCUUAGAUCUCCGAGUCCGAAAUUGCGGGAUUGCUUGCAAGGUUGCGCCCCAGUCCCCUGGUUGCUUGAUUGCGGGUCCUGGGGCUGGACGGCCCGCGCCACGCGAAUGCACAGCUUGCUUAUCGGCGGUGUCCCUGAGGUGCUGAUUGGAAUGCGGAUGUUACAGAGGGGACAGCUGAUGGGAAGCUGAGCGUGGUGGAAUGGCCCUGUGCUCAUGCGAUUGAGGUGAAGCGUUGCACUAUGAUCAUACGGUCGAGGAACAAAUGUGGUAGCAUGUGUGCCGGUAAGCAAGCAGGGGCGUGGUUCGAGUGGUAGAAGCCAUAGCUUUCAAUCACCGCUGCCACGGCCCCAGAUAUCAGCGCACGGCCCGUCUCGCUCGAGACGACGGCGCAGGCGGAGCAAGAUGGAGGAGUUUGGACAGGUCCAUGUGGUGAGGAAAGGGUGAGUGGGCGGUGAAGCGUUAUGGAUUCGAUACCCA